AUGGAAGCUCGUUCACUUUCUGCUCUCAACAAUCUCGCGAGCAAUCCGCCGCAAUAUCCCAUUAACCCUGCGCAAGAGAGGCAGGAUCCUCUUACUCUCUACAUCUCCAGAGUUCCCGGCACUCGAGAUGUGAUUCUUUCGCCCUUUAAGCCGCAGCUUAAGAACGUUACCGGCGAAGACGUCGCCAACUGCCUUUACUACGUCCAUCACGAAGCCCCCUCGACAGAACUGGUGAAUCCACCACCUUUGCGAGAUGACGGCCACCGAUCUUCGAGCGACGACAGCUCCUCGAUGCGAAAUAUUCCCAGGAAACCUCUACCAGGGUCAGCAAGACCCCUGACACCUCCCACCCGCGACCAUCUCCCAGUUCCUGCUUUCGGCAGCGAAUAUCAAGAUCCUGGCCGGCCUCGCGGGCUCUCGGUCAAUUCAAGCUUGGAUGCUGUUCAGACAAAGCCCGUGUGGCCAGGCAACAAGCAUUCGCUGGAUGAACCCAGGCCUGAUCUACCACCUCGACCGACCCUCGUGCCUACAAUUCAGGCUCCCACUUCGCCGCUUGGUCGGAAACCAAUCGGUCCCCGACCAAUGUCCAGCCCUGCGACCAACCCCGAAAAUGAUAAACCUCUUCCGCCUCCUCCUGGGCCAUACCAGGCAGCCAACUUUGACCAUAUGACGAGGGCGAGCCAGGCCCCAGGAAGAGCAACCAACAGUCGCUCGCCAUCGCCGAGAAUAAGCUACGAAGGAAAGCCUUUUACACUGGCUCUGAUCCGUCGUGAUCCGAGCACAGGAAACCAGUGGAACGUCGCGCACGUCUCCUCGAUUCAACCCGAUGGUCCACAACCAGAUCAGGAUGAUUCAAACCCGCUCUUCGGAUCCGUCCCACCCGUCGCGCAAUCGCAGAGUAACGGAAACGCUCCCAUCAACGUCCAAAUCGAGACACUAGGUUACGGAAAGUUCCGCGGCAUGCCCGCGAGGCGAAGCUUCGACGCCGGCCCCGGUGCGGAUGCUAACCAACCGAAGGACGGAGGGGUCGUUCUCCAGAGAACAGUCGCUAUGGGGUACACAAAGAGCUGGGCAUCCAAUUGGCGAGAAAAGCUCAACCAGGAGGGACGAGGCCAUGGCCGAUCGGGAAGUGUUGGGUCGAUGGAUUCUGUUGGUGAAGCUCAGUCUCCUACCGAGCCGCAAAUUUCCAUGCAGCCUGGCCCAGGUCUGAGGCCUCGGGGGCACAUCUUUACGAGCCCCUGGAAUGGCAGAUGCGAGUUCCGCACUGCUCCUUCUGGACGCAGUCUCAAGUGUUACCACAUCUUGCACGAUGAUCAGCAAUCAUUCAACCCUCUCGCAAACCAGGGUAUUGGUCCGCCUCAAGCCAGCAGCAUGCUGGUGAGCGAGCUGCGCUUCAACCUGCCAACGGCUGAGCUCUUCAAGUCCCCUGAAGGCCGUGAAGAGGUGAAGAACCAGAUUCAGGGGCACUUCAACAAGCUCCUCAAACGAGAUGGCCGAAGCGAUGUUUCCUAUGACGACGACGGCAUGGUUUCGCCAUUCGAUCUCAACCUGGGUAAAGAGAAGGCUGGUGGUGGUAACCGCGGGAAGAGGGCCAAGCUCGGAAAGCUCAUUAUUCAUCCUGAUGGGUUGAAGAUGCUGGAUCUGGUUGUGGCGGCCAACAUGGGUCUAUGGUGGCAAGCAUGGGAGAGGAGCUUUUAA